ACAACCUUCUAAUAAUAGCAUCAAAUAUGACUUCGAGUCUUCUCCUUUGCUUUUCUGUGCUCUCCGUUCCUCUACUUCUCUUCCUCUUUAAUCAAGUAAGAAGGGGAAGCCUCUAUGGAAAGGUGGCAGCAAGCAAGCUGCCUCCAGGCCCAUGGAGGCUCCCCAUCAUUGGAAACCUAUACCAGCUCGGCCCAUUGCCUCACCACUCACUCCAUCACCUAUCUCUCAAGCAUGGAGACCUCAUGUAUCUCCAGCUUGGUUCCAUUCCCGCUCUGGUCGUCUCUUCCAGCGAGGUGGUUCGAGAGCUCAUCAAAGGUCAUGAUCUCGUACUCUCCAGCAGGCCGGCCUUGUAUGCCGCAAGAAAGUUCACUUAUGGCUUCGCAGACAUGGCUUUCGCACCCUACGGAGAACACUGGAAGCAGGGUCGCAAAGUUGUUGUCUCGGAACUUCUCAGUGCAAAACGAGUGCAAUCUUUUCAGGUGAUAAGGGAUGAAGAAGUAGCCAUGUCGAUUGCUGCUAUCAAAAGACUAUCUUCUUCUUCUCCAUCUCCUGUUCCCAUUAACUUGAGCGAGAUGCUGCUCUCUCUCUCAAAUAAUGUUACUUGUCGCGCUGCACUUGGUGAGAGGUUCGGAUCCAGCAAUUAUGAGGAGGAUGCGAGCAGAAUCUUUCAUAUCCUUGAAGAGACGCAGAGGCUGCUUGGAGGGUUCUGCACGGCAGAUUUCUUUCCAUGGUUGGAGUGGAUUCAUAAGCUGACGGGCUUGCAAGCAAAGCUGGAGGGCAACUUCAAGGACCUGGAUGAAUUCUAUGAUCAGGUGAUUGAAGAGCACAUCGAGACAGUUGACUUGUCGCACCCCGGAGAUGAGGACCUCGUCCAUGUUCUGCUUCGACUUCAGAAGGACCCAUUGCGCGGAAACAUCAACAUAGAUCACAUCAAGGGUCUUCUGACAGAUAUCUUCAUUGCUGCAACCGAUACAAUUUCAGCAACACUAGUAUGGACAAUGGCGGAGCUCGUGAGAAACCAAAAUGUAAUGACCAAGGCACAAGAAGAAGUACGAAAAGUUGUUGGCAACAAAGACAAGGUGGAUGAAUGUGACCUGCGACAUCUUGAGUAUUUAAAAUUGGUGAUUAGGGAAUCAUUUCGGUUGCAUCCUCCUGCUCCAUUUCUAGGGCCUCGUCAGACCAACGAGAUUUGCAAGAUUAGAGGAUAUGAGAUCCCUCCAAAAACAAGGGUCUUCAUUAAUGCAAGAGCUAUAGGAAUGGAUCCAAAUAUUUGGACAAAUCCUACGGAAUUUUAUCCCGAGAGAUUCUUGACGAGUGACAUUGACUUCAAGGGACAAGAUUUUGAUCUCAUACCAUUUGGAGUUGGCCGAAGGAUGUGUCCAGGCAUGAAUUUUGCAAUAGUGUUAGUUGAGCUUGUCCUCGCUAACCUUUUGUAUCAUUUGGAUUGGAAAUUACCAUUUGGAUUGCGAGAGGAGGAUUUGGAUUUAGACGAGAAAUUUGGGCUUACUGUGCACAAGAAAAAUCCUCUUUGCCUUUUAGCUCAACCUAAAGAUAAUUAGAUAGCUUCAUGUAUGACACGGAGGGUAUCAUGUUGAAAAUAAUGAGAUGUCAUUAUGAUACUAACACAUAUUUUUAACAUGACACUCUUUAUGAUACCCUACAUGAUACUUAGUAUGAUUUACUGUGCUUGUUACUUAGUCUUGAUUAUUUGGAAGUGGUGUACUAAGGAAUUGGGAGUAUAACAUUAUUUCCAUGAAUAUGUACUUCAAGUUUGUAUUAUCUGUUUAUGAUUUUACUUAAUGAAAAAAAUGAUCUCCUUGU